AUGCCUCUGACUGUGUCUGUGUCUCUGUGUUGUGUGUCAAUCUUUCCUCCGCCUCUCUGUCCCUCUCUGUCCCUCUCUAUUCCCUGUCCCUCUCUGUCCCUCUCUGUCCCUCUCUGUCCCUCUCUGUCUCUCUCUGCUCCUCUCUGGCUCUCUCUGCUCCUCUGGCUCUCUUUGUCCCCAACUGUUUCUCUCUGCCCCUCUCUGUCUCUCUCGAACCAAUUCAUUCUUCGCUCUCUUCUCUCUCUCUUCUCUCUCUUCUCUCUCUUUUCUUCUCUCUCUCUCUUUUCUCUCUCUUUUCUCUCUCUUUUCUUCUCUCUCUCUCUUUUCCUGUGGUCGUGUGACCCAUAUUCGGCUGUGGAGGGCGAGGGCGUCCUCCGACGUCAACAGCUCAAGCAACAACGCCAGCAUGUGAUAUCCAUGGCCCGCCGCGAAACAAAGGAUUGGUCGUUCGAGACACCAGAAAAGGAACGCCUGCGUGAGAGCGAUGCCCGUGAAGUCAACUGGGCUCGAUGGGGACCAUAUCUGAGUGAGCGCCAAUGGGGCACCGUGCGCGAAGAUUACAGCGAGGACGGAUCUGCCUGGGACUACUUUACCCAUGACCAAGCCCGCUCCCGCACCUAUCGUUGGGGCGAGGACGGCCUCCUCGGCAUCACGGACCGUGAAUGCCGUUUGUGCUUUUCGCUUGCCCUUUGGAAUGAGGAGGACCCCUUUUUGAAGGAACGCCUCUUUGGUCUGAGUGGUCCUGAGGGCAACCACGGGGAGGACGUGAAGGAGCUGUACUACUACAUCGACGCAACGCCCACCGCCAGCUACCUCAAAGCCUUGUACAAGUACCCGCAUGCCGCCUACCCCUACGAAGAGCUGGUCAAAGAGAAUGCCGACCGCUCCAAGAAGGAUCCAGAGUAUGAGAUCCUUGACACAGGCGUAUUCGACAACAACGCCUAUUUUGACGUCCAAGCUGAAUAUGCCAAGAAAGGGCCCAAUGACAUCGCCAUACGCCUGACCGUCACAAACCGGGGCUCUGAGCCUCACACAUGCCACGUUCUGCCCAACCUCUGGCUGCGCAACACCUGGACCUGGGGCACCGAGGACGAAGUAACUUGUUGCCUCGUGACCUAUGCAUACAUCUGCAUUGCACUCAUUCCCUGUGCCAUGAAUGUGCGCCACAUGCUGCUAGUUGGGUCUAGCAAGGGCUACGUCAAGGAAAUGCGAGGCCUGAACAGCCAGGGCAUGGUCGAGUUUGAGGCCAAACAGGAAACCUUGGGGACCUUCCGCCUCAUGGCUGAGCGCCGUGACAUUCAAACGACUCUUUUCACGGAUAACGAAAACAACACAAAGCGCCUUUUUGCUGAUGAGGAGCGGCGCCCAGCCAAAAAGGACGAGCUUGCAGAUGAAGAAUCCGACUCGGACGACCAAGUGAACGUCGCUGGCUCCCACGCCACGCAGGCUGAAGGCCAAGGCAACAUUGACGGAACAGAUCGUGGCCAAUGCCGCAAAAAAUGUUCCCAGUCGACUCCAGACAACGAUGAUGUCCCUCGCACCCCUGAGGGUGAUCCCGCCUAUGCCAAGGAUGCUUUUCAUGCCUUUCUCGUUGACGGAGAUGAAAAAGCCGUCAAUCCAGCCAAGACCGGCACCAAGGCCGCUAUGCACUACAAACUUUCCUUGGAGCCUGGAGAAAAGCGUGUCUUGCGCUUGCGCCUGGUCGACUUUGACGAUGAGUACUCCAAGCAAGAUAUCACAGCAGAUGACAAAGAGUUUGGGCCCGACUUUGACGCCCUCUUUGAAACGCGUAUCAAGGAGGCCGAUGAAUUUUACCAGCAUCGGCUGAACGGGCUCACUGAGGAGCAGCGCCGCAUUCAGCGCGAAGCGUAUGCCGGCCUCAUCUGGAGCAAGCAGUUUUACUUCUACAUCGUCGAUCAGUGGCAAGACGGCGAUCCCAACAUGCCGCGGCCACCGUCCCAGCAUCCCAAAGUUCGAAAUGAAGAUUGGACUCAUCUGCACUCGCGAGACAUCAUCUCCAUGUGCGACAAGUGGGAGUACCCAUGGUUUGCUGCAUGGGACCUGGCCUUCCACAUGAUUCCUAUGGCCGUGAUUGACCCUGGUUUUGCCAAAAACCAGCUCAUCCUAUUCUUGCGCGAGUGGUACAUGCACCCCAAUGGCCAGCUACCAGCAUACGAGUGGAAUUUUGGCGAUGUCAACCCCCCAGUGCACGCUUGGGCAUGUUGGCGCGUGUACAAACUGACAGCGCCCCAGGGCCAGCGAGAUUUGACCUUCUUGAAACGCUGCUUUCACAAGCUCAUGCUAAACUUCACUUGGUGGGUCAAUCGCAAGGAUCCCUUUGACGAGCACAUUUUCUCUGGCGGCUUCUUGGGCCUGGACAACAUUGGCCUGUUUGAUCGAUCGCAACCGCUCGAACAUGGUGAAUUGCUGCAAGCUGAUGGCACCUCAUGGAUGGCCUUCUUCUCUAUUACCAUGCUCGACAUGGCCUUGGAGUUGGCCGUGCAAGACGAGGCCUAUGAAGACAUUGCCAGCAAGUUCUUCGAGCACUUUGUGCAAAUUAGCCAUUUGCGCUCCAUGGUUGGGCUCAUCCCCAUGUACGCUUGCCUGGUGCUGGACAACGAGGUCUUGGACAAGCUACCCAACUUUCGCAAGCGCCUCAAUUGGUUUCUCAAACACACUCCAGAUCUGGCACAACAGGUACAAAUUUCAUGUGACAUUGACAAGGACGAGGCGGUGAAGGAGCAUACUCGUCGCCACUUGUUGGCCAUUCCCUCUCGGGAGCGUCUCCGAUGCCUGCUCGAGUACAUGUUCGACGAGAAGGAAUUUUUGGCGCCUUACGGCAUUCGCUCUCUCAGCAAAGCCUAUUCAGAAGAGCCAUACGUGACCACGGUCAACGAGGAUGAGGUGAGCGUCGAGUAUGACCCGGCAGAAAGCACCACAGCCCUUUUUGGUGGCAAUUCCAAUUGGCGCGGACCCGUGUGGUUCCCCGUCAAUUUUCUUUUGAUUGAGUCCUUGCAGCGAUACUACUACUUCUUCGGCGAUGAUUUUAAGAUAGAAGUGCCGACGGGCUCUGGCCAUCUUAUGAAUCUUCAAGAGGCCUCGGAGUAUCUCUGCAAACGCCUUGUGUCUCUCUUUGAGAAGCACGUUGGCGACAUUCCUUUUGAUUUCCAGGACAAAAAAGGCGAGCGUCCGUGCCACCGGCAUGACUCUGUCAAGAACAUUCACGAUGACCACCCACUCUUCUACGAGUACUUUCAUCCAGAAGAAGGACGUGGCGUUGGCGCCAGUCAUCAGACGGGCUGGACAGCUCUUGUGGCACGCUGCGUGGACCUGAUGUCACUGCACCAUCACCGCCGUCUCUCGUCCUCGAGCGCGCCUCAGUGUGAAGAAGGAAGAAGAGAGAGAAAAAAUAGAAAAGAACUGCGGAAGUGGCGACGUCCUCGGCUCACUCUCCAAGUGCCCAGAAGGAUGGACGCUCACUUUACGGAGAACUCGCGCUUUGAGUUCAGUGCUCAGCAUUGCGGAUCAACCACAGGCCAUGCGCGCUCCGAAACACAUCUCCUUGACUUUAUCGAGGGCCAGCGUGCGCUCGGCAUCAUCGCCACACACUCAACGAUGGACGAUCUGGUUAUCGUCGUCCUCAAUCGCUACGGCAUCAAAGUCACUGACCUUGAGCAAGAAGAGGUUUUUUUUCGAGCACCACUCGAAACCAUCGUCAGCGUCAUCUACUACGUUGAACAAGAUGGCUCUCACAUGGUUGUUCUGGACACCUGCAAAGCACAUGCCACCAAUCAUGGCUUCCACGUCUUCAAGUUCUACGAUCAGGCAUGUUUGGUCCAAAACGCUUUCUCGCGCACGGCUGCGGAAACGUUUUCGCAGCGCUGUCAGGAAGCGUUUGCCUUGCUCAAGGCCAAGGUCGAUGCUUUGGAUGAGUAG